ACAAACAGGGAGUGUUGUGUGGACUAGAGGCCGCAGUAUUCAUAUUAUACGCAUCGAUAUCACAAAAAACGAUCGAAUAAAACGGCGCAUUUGGCGGAUCGCAAUGCACAACUGUAUGCAAGGGAAAAGGAGACGAUAUUUCCCGCUGAUCUUAUAAAUACAAACCACAUCAAUCAAAUCCAGCAUGCGGCAUUUUAUGCGCUGAUCUUGAAUCUGAAAUGAACACAAACGCGUCCUGAGACACUGACAUAUCUGUGCUAUCUCUCAUGGUGAAUCUGACUGGAUUUGUAAAGACGAUUGACAUUAAAGGCGUUAGUUCUUCAUUCAUGCACAUGUCGCACGGACACUGAAGAAUAUCUUUUUUCUGUCAUUUUGUUUUGUUUUUAGUGACAAUAACGGGCUCGUCCAGCCAAGCGAUCCAACGUCACAGAGCAGUGCCAUGCACCCCUGUCCACAGAGCUGAUGCCCACAUAGAGGUCUCUGAUCAGACACCCUCUGGCUGCAGAGGAUGCUGGGAAUGUGUCGCGGGCGCAGGAAGUUUGUAGCUGCCUCCCUCGCCCUGAUCUUUAUCCCAGCCCUCACCUGGCUCUAUUUGUCGUCUGCACAUUUCACAGUCAAACCUCUGCCUCUGUCGCCACUGGAUCCUCAGUCAUCUCUGCUGAUUGGAGCGGUCGCUGAGCAUCAGGAUUUGGAGCUGCGGCUACGAGAUGUGGAGGAACAUAACCAUGCACUGCGGAGAGAGAUUAGCCUGCUGCCCAGGGUUCCAACCCAUAGCAGCCAUCAUAGCAAGAGUCGCCAAGGCAACCAGUUACACACACAUUCUACAGAAGAAGGUACAGGUGAUAGCGAGGCUAAAAAAGGAGCAGCCUCGGGCAACCGCUCGGACUGUGUACCUCAGCCUGUGGUGAACAAAUGUGAGAGCAUCCAUAUUGCCAUUGUGUGCGCGGGCUACAAUGCGAGCAGAGAUGUUGUCACACUGGUCAAGUCAGUUCUGUUCCACAGACGUAACCCACUCCACUUCCAUAUCAUCACGGACUCCAUCGCUCGAAAGAUCCUGGCCGAUCUCUUCCACACAUGGAUGGUGCCGGCCGUUCACGUCAACUUUUAUGACGCUGAUGAGCUGAAGUCUGAGGUGUCUUGGAUCCCUAACAAGCAUUAUUCUGGCAUCUACGGCCUGAUGAAGCUGGUGCUGACCAAGACACUGCCCUCUGACCUACAGAAGGUCAUCGUCCUGGAUACUGACAUCACCUUUGCCACGGACAUCGCUGAGCUAUGGGCCGUCUUCCACAAGUUCAAGGGUCAGCAGGUUCUUGGUUUGGUGGAGAAUCAGAGUGACUGGUACCUUGGGAACCUGUGGAAGAACCAUCGGCCGUGGCCAGCGCUGGGCAGAGGCUUUAACACAGGUGUGAUUCUGCUGUUGUUGGAUCGUUUGAGGAAGCUAAAGUGGGAGCAGAUGUGGCGGCUGACGGCAGAAAGAGAGCUCAUGAGCAUGCUAUCUACAUCACUCGCUGAUCAGGACAUCUUCAACGCUGUGAUCAAGCAGAACCCAUUCCUGGUGCACCAGCUGCCCUGCUUUUGGAAUGUUCAGCUGUCGGAUCACACCCGCUCCGAAAAGUGCUACAAAGAUGUGUCUGACCUCAAGGUGAUUCACUGGAACUCUCCGAAGAAACUGCGUGUAAAAAACAAACACGUGGAGUUCUUCAGGAAUCUCUAUCUGACAUUCCUGGAGUAUGAUGGGAAUCUGCUGAGGAGAGAGCUCUUUGGCUGUCCCAGCGAAACAGACCACAACUCAGAGAAUCUCCAAAAGACCCUGUCUGAGCUGGAUGAAGAUGACCCAUGUUAUGAGUUUCGUCGGGAGCGCUUCACAGUCCACCGCACACAUGUCUAUUUCCUGCACUAUGAGUAUGAACCAGCCUUAGAUAACACUGAUGUGACACUGGUGGCCCAGCUUUCUAUGGACAGACUUCAGAUGCUAGAGGCCAUCUGUAAACACUGGGAAGGGCCCAUCAGUCUGGCCCUCUACCUCUCAGACGCUGAAGCCCAGCAGUUCCUGCGAUACGCUCAGGGCUCUGAGGUCCUGAUGAGCAGGAGCAACGUGGGAUACCACAUAGUCUAUAAAGAAGGCCAGUUCUACCCUGUUAACCUGCUGCGUAAUGUUGCUAUGGGGCAGGUCAAUACACCUUACAUGUUUCUAUCGGAUAUUGACUUUUUGCCCAUGUAUGGACUCUAUGAGUACCUCAGGAAAUCGGUUGUUCAGCUUGAUAUGGGGAACACUAAAAAGGCUCUUGUGGUUCCAGCAUUUGAAACUCUGCGCUAUCGGCUGUCCUUUCCCAAAUCAAAAGCAGAGCUCCUGUCACAACUCGACAUGGGCACUCUGUUCACAUUCAGAUAUCAUGUCUGGACAAAAGGUCACGCUCCAACAGACUUUGCCAAAUGGAGAACUGCUACAACACCAUACCGAGUUCAGUGGGAGGCCGACUUUGAGCCAUAUGUUAUGGUCAGAAGAGAAAGCCCAGAGUACGACCGGCGCUUUGUGGGUUUUGGGUGGAAUAAAGUAGCUCACAUCAUGGAGCUGGACGCUCAGGCAAUCCAAGAUGUAGAGUUUUUUGUCAUCGAUGUCACCAAUGGAUCCUCUGCAGUGAAUGGGUGCCGUCUGAAUGUCCAAAUAGGAGUACGAGUUUGUGGUUCUGCCCAAUGCCUACAUGAUCCACAUGCCCCAUGCGCCCAGUUUUGACAUCACCAAGUUCCGCUCGAACAAACAGUACCGUGCUUGUCUGAAGACACUGAAGGAGGAGUUUCAGCAGAAUAUGUCUCGGCGCUACGGUUUCGCUGCGCUUAAAUACAUGACAGUGGAUAACAACAGCUAGCUGAGCACAUUGUUCAGCAAACCAAUAAAAUAACUGCCAUGAGCUGAUGAAGUGCUGUUUGACAGCGCCUGUAUAGAUGUGUUCAGUGAAACUGAGAUUGCAGGGUCAUUAGGAGGCAUGGCUCGUGAUCAUCCAUUCAUUCAGGGAUCCGAUAAGACGUUUAUCAGUGGUGUUUGACAAAGGUGCCGAGAAAUAAACUGCUGAUUAGAAGUCAUUGAUGAACUUUUUUGAAAAGGCAAACAGAUCCCAAAAAUGGAAACUUCUAGAAUAAAUAAGGUCUGUUAUUACUUUUAAAUGAUCAACUACAACACUGAUGCACUUCAGAUUAAAGCCUUGAAUCUGUCUUUGUCAACCUGUCUAUCUUUCUGCCUUUCUAACCAUUUGCCUGCCUGUCUGUCAGUCUUUUUGUUUUUUUUUCUGCCUGUUUCAAAGCAUCCAUCUAUAUUUCUGCUCGUCUAAAUAUAUAUAUAUCUCAGUUUAUCUUUUUUGUCUACCUAGUUUACCCAUUUAUCAGUCCUUUCUGUUUAGUUUUCUCCCAAUCUCCGAUUCUGUCUCACUUUUAUUCAUCCCUACAAUCAGUUUAUCUCUCUACCUGUCUGUCUAACAGUUUCGCUGUCUAUCUACAAGUAUCUUUAUAUCUACAUCUAUAUCUGUCUAUCUCUUUCCAACAAUCUCUCCAUCUAACAAUCUGUCUAAAUCUGCCUCUCUAGCUGUCGGUAUCUCAUUCUGUUUGAUGUCUGUAUCAGUCUAACAAGGCUAACAAUUUGCAGAUUCACUAAAAACAAACCUUACAAACACUUCUUCUGUAGGUGAAGCUGGAAAAUGAAUGAUUAACGUGAACAUAGACACAUUUAUGUAGAUCGGGGUUGCAUUCUCUUCAAAAAAAAAUGUAAUCCCAUGCAUCUUCAGAGGCUCAGAUCUCAGAAGUAAAUAUUACAUCCAACAACAGAGCACCUCAAUUGCUUAGGAGACAUUCUUGUGUACAUCUGCUCUGGCAGUGAAACAAUGGUGGACUGAUGACAGCUCUCAGGGCGGCUCUAUAAGGUAAAACACCUGUUCAGUCUGUGCUGAAACGCCACUGUCAAUCAAACUAUUGUGGGAGGGGCGUGUUUAUGUGAAGACACACUGAAAGGCAUCUGAGAUUGGCUUGAUUUGACAAAGGGGUAAAGAUUUGAGCAGAUCUUGGGUGGGUGGAUUUUUAUCAUUUUAGGGUGGUUGUGUACAUGCACUGCCAACACACAUUUCAGUUCAAACAACUUGUAUAAGAGCAUGUAGCAUCAUAUGUUAUCAUUCUUAAACUAUCUAUUUCUCUCUAUCUCGAACAAACUAUAUCCAAGUAUCUGUCCAUCUCUCGUUCAUUUUGUCUGGGUAGAUCUUUUACAAUGUCUCAUCUAAUAAUCUGUCUGUAUCUCUUUACAUCUGUUUGUCUGCAUCUCUCUGUCUCUUUCCUUUUAACAACCCAUCUUUAUCUCAACAGUCUCUCUAUCUAACAAUCUGUCUAUAACAGUAUUUAUUUUUUUAUUUUUUUGUAAUGCCUUUAUUAUAGUAAGACAGAUCAAAUCUGACAGGAAGCAAAGUGGGGAAGAGAAAGGGAGGCGGGAUCGGGAGUCCUCGAGUCGGGAUUCGAACCCGGGUAUAUCGUCACGCUGCCCAAAAGGCUUUAUUUAUCUGUCGAACAGUCUGUCAGUUUAUAUCUCUGUCUAACAAUCUAAAUAUAUCGGUCUAUCCUCUUAUAUACUUCUUAUAUAAAUGCUCUCACUCUGUCUUCAUGUGAUCUGCCUGUCUAACAAUCUGUUCAUAUCUAUUUGUCUUAUAUCAAAUAUUUGCUUCUAAACUAUUUACUCUUUCUCUCUUUCUCGAUUCAAGGUUUCUUUCUCAGUGUUGACAGUGGUUGUGUGUGGUGAAGUAGUUGGAUAUGUGUUCAUUCUCAGUGCAGAUGUGAACAAAUGUAAUAAACAGGGAUCUUUAUUCCUCGGACUGGCAAUAAUACGUAAAGAGAGGCCAAAGUGAACUCUUUCUUGACAUAUUAGAGAUGGUUAUUUAAGUGUUACUGACUGUCAUUCUCCAUCAGAGGGCAUCACACACACCACACUAACAGACUUAUGCACUUAAAUACAGGCUUAAUUAACAGACUUACUGAUUUUUUUUUUCAUAAUUAGUUAAAGAUAGUUGAUUUAGAGUUGAUGCUGAUGCGGUAGCAGAACAUAAGUGUAUUUUAUUGUUACUUUGUACGCUGACUACCAGCCAACAACAUGUCUGACUCAGGCUCCUGUUGAUAUUUUGCCUUUUUUGCCAUCCUGACAGCACACAAACUCAACUUUUCAGAGACAUCUAUGUGUUAGUUCUCAAAUGCCAUCCUGUCUGAUGUUAUACUGACAUUCAGCAGUUUCUCACAUUUAUGACUGUGAGUUUUUGUGAACCAGAUAUUUGGAAGAUGUUUGUACACAAUAUUUAGAACUUGAUGGGUUCUUCAACAGGCAUCUCGGCAGCGUACAUGUGUAUCAAUGAAGUGCUUUUAAAAGGCUACAGUCUGUGUUGUGUGCAUUACAGUAUGCCUGUGAGAUCAUCUUUCUAAGCUGACCUCACCCACAGGACUGCUGCUUUAUUUCGUGUUAGUUUAUUGGUUGGGACGGACCAUAGACCGUCCACGCUAAUGUUCUAUAGUGCCACUUGUGGCAAAGCUGAGAACGCACUUGAACUUGCAUUACUUUACCAAUUGCCGUUGUGAUCAUUUUUGGAAGAAGUGUUUGUUUACAUACUUGCUUGGAGUAAGUUGUGGGCCUAAUACGAGCAGAAAAAAAAAAAGAUUUUCUGAAAACAAUGCAAUGAAUGCGUCUCAUAUUCAAAUCAACAGGUCCAUUAGAACAGACCUGGGCUAGUUGUCAAAAGUGGGUUUUUUUUUUUUUUUUUUUACAUUAUGACUAUUUCUCAGGGUGGGUUUAUUUUUUUAACGUCAGUUUCUGUAUAUGAACCAUACAGUCUUGAGAAAGCUAUUGAAAUAUUUUUACCGACACUGUCCUGGAAACAGUAACAGUUCAAAUUCAACACAGAUUCAUUACAGGGGCAUGUUGCCACACUGUGUGAAGUAAUAUAUUAGUCUGAUAAAUGCCUUUUCUUUUUAAAGUAUUUUGACAUGCACAUAUAUACAAAAAAAAAAAAAAAAAAAAAAAAAAACAUUAAAAAUUCUACUAAUGUCAGUGUACUUGGAUUUUACUUGUUUACUUGAUAUUCCCUGUGACAACUAGCCCCAGUCUCCUGUAUUAACUAUGUGAGAAGUAAAACCAGCAGAUGAAGUUAAUAAUGGACAACAUUUAUGCGUGACUUUUCUGAAGUAAAAUCUUCUGAAGGAUACUUUGUUCCAACCAUCCAGUUUUUUUUUUUUUUCAUUCAGUUGGAAACCAUACAUGUUACUGUACUAAAUAAAGUGCUGAUAUUUUCUGAUGUGGAAGCCUUAUCCCCUUCUGUGCGUUCAAGUUUCAGAUGUGGCAGUGUUACAACUGAUGUUCUGAGUGUUCAGUGAGAGGGCUGCUUCGAGCGGUGUCGUUAUUUUUCAGUAUUUUCUGAGUUUGUACGCGAGUUCUGAUCUGCUGAGCUAUGUGCACACUAGCUGAUCGAUGUGUGUGAUUAAUAUGAAUAUGAACGUGUCCAGGAUAACACUGAUAAAACUGCUUAUGAAUUCAA